GUGAGGGCCGCGCGGGAGGGCGGGGCCGCCCGCGGCGGCAGGCGGGGCCGUGAGGUGAGUCCCGGAGCCCGAGUGUGAGGAAAGGAAACCUGGUGCUCCUGGAGAUGGCCUGAUAUGAAGAAGAGACACAUCCAGCCUUCUCAAACUGCCUGUUCCUUCAAGUGCAGGAGCUGGUUGACAUGUCAGGAAUGGAAGCCAAUGUGACUAUCCCAAUCUGGCAGAACAAGCCACAUGGGGCUGCUCGAAGUGUAGUGAGAAGAAUUGGGACUAACCUGCCCCUGAAACCAUGCCCCCGGGCAUCCUUCGAGACCCUGCCUAACAUCUCAGACCUGUGUUUGAGAGAUGUCCCUCCAGUCCCUACUUUGGCUGACAUUGCCUGGAUUGCUGCAGAUGAAGAGGAGACAUAUGCUCGGGUCAGGAGCGAUACACGGCCCCUGAGACACACCUGGAAACCUAGUCCUCUGAUUGUCAUGCAACGUAAUGCCUCGGUGCCCAACUUGCGUGGGUCUGAGGAGAGACUCCUGGCCCUGAAAAAGCCAGCCUUGCCAGCCCUAAGCCGCACCACUGAGCUGCAAGAUGAGCUGAGCCACCUGCGCAGCCAGAUUGCCAAAAUAGUGGCAGCUGAUGCAGCUUCGGCUUCAUUAACGCCAGAUUUCUUAUCUCCAGGAAGCUCAAAUGUCUCUUCUCCCUUACCUUGUUUUGGAUCCUCAUUCCACUCUACAACUUCCUUUGUCAUUAGUGACAUCACCGAGGAGACUGAGGUAGAGGUCCCUGAGCUUCCACCAGUCCCCCUGCUUUGUUCUGCCAGCCCUGACUGUUGCAAACCGGAACACAAAGCUACCUGCAGCUCGUCUGAAGAGGAUGACUGCAUCUCUCUGUCCAAGGCCAGCAGCUUUGCAGACAUGAUGGGCAUCUUGAAGGACUUUCAUCGGAUAAAACAGAGCCAAGAUUUGACCCGGAGCUUAAUGAAGGAAGAGGACCCUGCUGUGCUCAUCUCUGAGGUCCUAAGGAGGAAGUUUGCUCUCAAAGAAGAAGAUAUCAGUAGAAAAGGAAACUGAUAGCACUCCACUCUGCAGAACUCAGUCUCAUGCUCCUGAGUCCCUUCAGCUGCUGCCUUCCUCACUGCAGAUGUUUCUGCCUCAGUUAGAAACCUGCAAGUCUUGCUGACAAGCUUGAGCUCAAAGAGAAGAGGAUGUGUUUCCCAUACUUCAACCUUAGCAGAAGCUAAGGCCUGUGGUUUGAGCUGAGACAUUUACUGGUAAUCGUGGAGAGUGGAGUGUCUAGUUAAGGGGCAAAAUGGAAGUUUCUUGUCUUGUGAAAAUAGGUUCUAAAUGAAUGACUUAACUUCACUGCAUAGACCCCAUAAUCGGUCUCACAGGACACUCUGUGCACAGCUAUGGUCACUCACUCUGAGCAGCUUCCUUGAAGCAUAGCAGGGCUGAGGGAAGGGGCUGCGUGAUGAACAUGUUCACAGGGCAGGGAAGACCUUAUGCUGCUCCAUCAUAAACCAACAUCAAUGCCCAACAAUCACCCCUUCCCUCUAGAUGUAGAGGUCAGGCCACCGGACCAGCCAAUACUUUGGGCUGCUGCUGGGACGCCUGGGCUAUUUUUUCUUAAAUAUAUUUUAUGAUACUGUACAACCAAAUCUACCCUCCAGGGCCUCAUCAGUUUCACUGAUUAAAAACUCUUCCUUGGACUUCAAGUCUAGCAGGAAGGAGAAAUGAGGAGGGAAAAGAACAUACCAUCCUUCCAGGCCACUGACUGACUGACUUUAGGGUGGGCCAAGGUUUGUACCUUUGCAUCAUGCAUGACUCAGGUGCCCCCCGGGGCCCUUUCUCUAUGGUAUGUAUACUGUGUGUUUGGGUUGAAGCACUACCUGAUAUUAAAUGAAGGAUUUGGAGAAAUAA